CUUCAGACUUUUCAUUAGAUCAAUAUCAAUGGACAUCUGACACAGAAGGUUGAGAGGGCUAUGUCAAAAUGGACAUGACAAAUGAUGUAGGUACUUGCAUGGUGACCUAUGAAAGUGCUGCCCUGGGGUAUGUUGACUUUCCCCUGACAGAAGAACCUGUUUACCUCCUGGGGAUCAAGUACAGUGCAUUGUAUGAUAGAGAUGAAUUAAAAGGGGACUUUUUGUCCAAAAUCUGGUGCACAUACAGAAAGAACUUUCCUGCUAUAGGAGGGACUGGGCCGACCUGUGAUGGGGGCUGGGGAUGUAUGUUACGAUGCGGUCAGAUGAUGCUGGCUCAGGCCCUGGUGGUCAGACACCUGGGGAGAGAUUGGAAGUGGAAUAAGAAUUGCCAAGACCAGACUUAUAAGAGAAUUCUACAAAUGUUUGCGGACAAAAAGAGUGCAAAUUACUCCAUACAGCAAAUAGCUUCAAUGGGAGUCUCUGAAGGGAAACCGGUGGGAUCUUGGUUUGGACCAAACACCGUCGCUCAAGUAUUGAAGAAGUUAGCAGUAUAUGAUGAGUGGAGUUCCAUUGUAAUCCACAUAGCCAUGGACAACACUGUCAUAGAGAAUGACAUCAAGAGUGUCUGUAAAGAAGAUGGGAAAAGUACCUGUGAUAUAAUAGGAGUUAGACAAUUAAAACACGAAUCUGCUGCUACAGGGAGAAGCAAAAAAUCUAGUCAAGAUUCCUCAAAGCAGGAUAAAAACAAACAAAAUACAGUGGAUGUCAAAAGUUGGAAACCACUUUUACUUGUGAUUCCAUUAAGACUUGGUUUAACAGAAAUAAAUUCAGUUUAUGUGCAAAGUUUAAAGGCAUGUUUAAGUUUUCCCCAAAGUGUUGGCAUCAUAGGCGGCAAACCAAACCACGCCCACUGGUUCGUAGGCUACAUGAGUGAUAAAUUGAUAUACCUUGACCCACAUACUACGCAACUUUGUGAAGACCAUGACAGUCCAAAUUUCUCAGAUGAGAGCUACCAUUGUCCAUAUCCCUCUACAAUGAAUGUUAUGGAACUAGAUCCCUCUAUAGCAUUGGGAUUUUACUGUGGGACAGAGAAAGAGUUUGACGACCUUACACAAAGUGUUCAGAAGUUUGUGGUUGGCUCCAGUAAGACCCCCAUGUUCGAGCUGUAUAAGGACAGACCCCCUCACUGGCCGCCCUACGAAUCUUACACUGGACAGACCACCAGUGCCAGUGGAGUAACAAUGACCGGAGGACAGGAUACAGACGAAGAGUUUGAACUUGUAUGAUAGCGAGGAAGAUAUUGAUUCUAAGUGUCAGAGAGCUGCCCUGAAUUGUGAUAUUGGGGGUCACAAAUCCAUAUGUCAUGUCAAAACAGAAGAUGAAGCAGAAAUACUAAAUUUUCCAUAUGUGAAAACUAUGCUUCAAAUGUGAUAUUUAUUAUUAUUUGAACAAGUGUUUUUGCUAUAAAUGUUUUAAUUUUGGGUUUCCAUUUUUUUCAAAAUAUAGAUGUAUUAAGAAAUUUAUACUUCCACAAAGAAGUGGUCCUUUAGAUAAGAAUGAGUUCCAUGAAAAACACUAUUUUUGUAUAAUGUAUAAUUGUAUAACUAAAAUGAUAUGCAUGCCCAAAAGAAAAAACAAGAAAACAGUAAACUUUUUAACCUGGUUAUAAUAAUGUACCCUAAUAUGUUAUUUUAACAUGCAUACACAUUUUUUGUGCAAUGGGCUAAUCAGAGCUAGUGAGCUGUGCUGUGUAAAGGCCUCUAAGUUCACUCUCUAAGUUUUUCCCACAUAUUUUCAAAAUGAGCUGUCUCCAGGGUCAGAAAAUGGACCACUUGUACAUGUACACUGUAUGCAUCCAAUGGCAUGAAUUACUCAUUGAUUUCUUUUGUAAAUUUUUAAAAUUAAGGUAAUGUAAAAAUUGGCAUUUUAAUGUUAUUCAAUGUACAAUGAGCUUAAUGUACAAGGCAAAUCCAAAUUUCUUUGAUAGGUUUUAAGGGGGAAAAGGAAAGGCUCUAGAUCUAUUGAAAAUUCACUUCUCUCUUGCUGUACUUUUUAUGUUACAUUUUGGUGCGUAUAUUUGUUACGGAAUGAAUGUGCUCAAUGUGUUGACUUUCGUAUUAGAAUAAAGAACUUAUUUUCUGAAUACGAUAAAAAUGUACAUACAUUUAUACGAUCCCGGUAUGAAUUAUAAAAAAAUGUAUGCAAACCGCUUACUCGUGUACCCUUAAUAUGCAUAAAAAAAUUAAACAGUUAAAAUCGUUAUAGAGUAUUAAUGGAAAUGGAUUUUUUUUAAUAAUCUUUUUUGACACGUUUGUAGAUGAUAAGUACGAUCUUAGAAAAUGGAUUAAUUUUAAUACUAAUCUUGCAAAUGUAUUUUGGCUUUUUAGAAGGGUUGAACUUCCGUGCAUCAAUCACAUCAGAGAGAAAGUAAGGUCUAAUGGAAUCCAACUGACAACUACAUGUACAUGUAAUUUUGAUAUAAAAAAAAGUUUAAAUUUAUUAUUAUGUUAAAUGUGUUCCCUUGUCGAACACAUUUUAUUGCUUUGUAUUGUAAAAUGUUUACGUUCAAGAUAUUGUAGUUAAAAUAAAGUAUUAAAAUACAGA